AUGAUACUUCUAUUAUCAUUAACUCUCCCAAUAAUCUUGAUAAUUUUCUACCUCCUCCACAAAAUCAAACAACCUCGGGCACUAACCACUCUACCACCUGGCCCGCCACAACUGCCGUUGAUCGGAAACCUCCACCAGCUCGGUACAGUGGUGGACCCACACAUCUACCUUUACCACCUCUCCAAGAAAUAUGGCCCCAUCAUGCACAUGAAACUAGGCUCUAUCCCUCUCCUAGUAAUUUCCUCAGCCAAAUUAGCCAAACAAGUACUUAAAAUUCAAGAUUUGGCAUUUUGCAGUAGACCUAAUUUAUUAGGGCAGCAAAAACUAUCCUACAACAGCUCCGAUGUGGGCUUCACACCGUACAACGAUGAUUUUAAGGAGAUGAAAAAGAUGACACGAAUUCAUCUGUUAAGCAACAAAAGGGUGCAAUCUUAUCGCCCCAUACGAGAGCAAGAGAUCGCUCACAUGAUCACGAACAUCUCAACCUAUUCCCCUCUCGGACAAGAAUUGAAUUUGAGCGAGGUGGCCAUGGCAGCCAACAUCCAUAUGAUAUGUGGGAUUGUGUUUGGGAAGAGGUACGAGGAGGGUGGCUCGGAGAUGAAGAGAUUCCUUCGGAUUCUUGAGGAAUAUGAUGUGCUUGUGACCUCUUUCUUUGUCUCUGAUUACCUUCCCGCGUUUGGUUUGGUGGAUAAGAUAAGCGGAAGAGUGAAGAGAGCGGAUGUGAUGUGUAAGGGCAUGGAUGAGUUCUAUCAAGAGCUCAUCGACGAGCACCUUGAAUCGAGGAGGGUGAAGAAGAAGAUGGAAGAGGUGGAAGAUAUGCUUGAUGUGUUGAUCAAGCUCAAAAAUGAUGAGUCUUCUUCAAGUGGUAUCACUUGGGAAAUCAUCAAAGCCCUUCUAAUGGAUAUGAUCCUAGCUUCAGGAGCAUCUCCAUGUGCAACUAUUUGGACAAUGACAGCUCUAAUGAAAGCCCCCAAAGUAAUGGAGAAAUUGCAACACGAAAUCAGAAGUUUAGUAGGACAAAAGGGCAAAGUAGACGAAGAUGAUCUUCCCAAACUUCCAUAUCUAAAAGCAGUGAUAAAUGAGAGUUUGAGGUUAUAUCCACCGGCCCCCUUGCUUUUACCAAGAGAAACAAGGGAUGCAAGCAUUCUAGAUGGCUAUGAAAUCGGGCCGAAAACAAUGGUUUAUGUUAACGCAUAUGCAGUAGGGAGAGAUCCAGAGUACUGGGAAAGUCCAAAUGAGUUCAUUCCUGAGAGAUUUUUGAAUAGUGAUAUUGACUCGAAAGGCCAAGACUUUGGGCUCAUUCCAUUUGGUUCAGGCCGAAGAAUAUGCGCUGGCAUGUCGUUGGGAUAUAUAACAAUUGAGCUUAUGGUUGCAAAUUUGGUGUAUAAUUUUGAUUGGGAAUUGCCUAAAGGAACUCAUGCACAAGACUUGGAUACAAAUGCAAUAGGUAGACUAGUUGCGCAUAAGAAAAAUGCCCUAAUACUUGUGCCUACAUGUUAUGGUGUUUAGUGUGUAUAUGUGUGGUGUGCGUCUUUUGUUUUUACUAAUAUUAAUAAAAGGGGAUGUGUGAGCA